AUGGCGACAGCAAUGGAUCACGACAAGCUCUCCGCUGAGCAUCAGAAGACUGAGAAUAUCGCGGAGAAGAUCUCAACUUCAUCAGGAAGUGGUGAGCUUGAAGCGCAGAGUGUAGAACUUCAGGAGAAAGAGGCGGCGCGUGUGUUGAGGAAGGUGGACAUGAGACUCGUUCCAAUGCUUUCCCUCCUCUAUCUUGUUGCCUUUAUCGAUCGAAGUAAUAUCGGUAAUGCGAAAAUUGCCGGUAUGACGGAUGACCUUCGCAUGAACGGUAUCCAGUACAACACUGCGGUUACCUUGUUCUUCGUCCCAUAUACGCUCCUCGAAGUACCCAGCAACAUUGUGCUCAAGAUGAUGCGCCCAAGUCAUUGGAUGGCGAUUUUGAUGUUCAGCUGGGGUCUCGUCAUGACACUCAUGGGUCUAACGUCCAGCUAUGGUGGUCUACUCGCCGGAAGGUUCUUUUUGGGUGUGACAGAGUCUGGGUUCUUUCCAGCAGCAACGUUCUUACUCACUCUGUGGUAUCGUCGUUUCGAACUUCAGCGUCGCAUGGCUGUCUUCUACGUAGCCGCCUCUCUCGCAGGUGCUUUCAGUGGUCUACUCGCCUAUGGUAUCGAGCAACUUGACGGUCGCUCUGGCCUUGCAGGAUGGCAGUGGAUCUUCCUUAUCGAGGGAUUAAUUCCAGUGGCCCUCGCACUCAUCAUCUGGAAAAUUCUUCCUGACAGUCCAGAAACGGCAAAAUUUCUUACCCAACCAGAGCGCGACCUUCUAGUUUCCCGGUUGGCGAACGACUCCGGAUCUGGGCAGGGACAAGCCACCAACAGCGAUAAGAUUGGAAAAGAGCAGAUUCUCUCUGGUCUUUCCGACUGGAAGAUUUGGGCUGCUACGGUUGUUUUCUGGGGUAACACUGUGGGUGUUUACGGAUUCACUGCAACUGUGCCAUCUGUUAUCAAAGGUCUAGGCUACACGAGUGCCAAUGCCCAACUUAUGACCAUCCCGAUCUACGUCUUCGCCGCUAUCCUUACUCUCAUCUUCGCGUGGGCCUCUGACCUGACACGCAUGCGCUCCCCAUACAUCAUUGCAGGCUACUCCAUCGCUAUAUGCGGCUUCAUUGCUCAACUAGCUAUCCCAAAGCCCGCUUACCCAGGUAUCACAUACGGUUUCCUCUUCCCUGUGGCCGGAGGUCUAUACUGCCCCUUCACCUGCCUCGUCUCCUGGAUCGGCAACUCUCUCGCUCCAUCUUCCAAGCGCGCUGUCGGAAUGGCUCUCUUGAUUUCUGUUGGAAACAUGGGUGGUAUUAUGGGAAGCAACAUCUAUCUUGCACGCGAGGCACCAAAGUACACGACAGGCUUCUCAGCUAGUCUGGCAAUGUGCUGUACCGCCAUUCUCAUGACUCUUGUGUUGAGAUGGGCGUAUGCGAAGGAGAACCGGAAGAGGGAUGAGUUGAUUGCUGAGCAUGGUGAAGAGGCUAUUCGUGCGAGAUAUAGCGAGCAGGAGUUGUUGCUUAUGGGUGACAAGAGCCCUUUCUUCAGGUAUACUCUGUAG